GCUUCUUAAAUGCAGAUGUGUCGUGUACACCAACGUCAGUCGGUGAACAGCCACCGCCGAGACCACUUGAAUAUGGGCUCGCGUGACACACGUCACCUAGUUCGCGUUUACCAUUGUAGUGAUCGUAUCAUUAAGCCCGAUUAAAUGACACGUGCGAAUGUGAAUGUUACUUAUAUCCGUUCGAAAAUAAUUAUUAGAUGAACGCACUGACUUUUACGGACAGUUUUGAAAUUUAUCAAGAUUUAGAUUUUGGGACACUAAUAAAGUGUAGAAAUAAAAUAAAUUCUCAAAUGGAGUGAACAAAGGGUGGAUAAUAAGGCUGGAAGGGAGGAGUCGAAACAUCGAUGUAGCGUUGUCACAAUGGAUCAAUGGGUGACGGCGGCGAGCUCGCUGUUGGCUCUCCUACUGUACUACAGCACUUUAGAUGCCGGAUUCGUGUACGAUGACAGGCGGGCGAUCCUCUCAAACCCCGAUGUCAUCGGACAUACAACAAUACGAGCAUUGUUUGAGAAUGAUUUCUGGGGGACGCCGCUCAGUGACUCUGGCUCACACGGGUCAUAUAGACCCCUUUGUGUUGCAACAUUCCGCCUCAAUUACGCCUUCAGCGGAUUUAAGCCAUGGAGUUAUCACUUUUUUAAUAUUGUACUCCACUCCAUAGCAACGGCUCUAGUAGUGACCACCGCAAAACGAUUGAUGCCACAGCAUUGUAUAAGAGUUGGUACUGCGGUCGCGGGCCUAAGCUUCGCUGCCCACCCCAUACAUACAGAAGCUGUGGCCAGUGUUGUUGGAAGGGCUGAUUUAGUCGCGUGUAAUUUUUUUCUCCUAAGUUUCCUGCUAUAUAUUGAACACGUACGUCUAAGACUUGAAAGACAGAAAAAGCAAUGUCGGCAUGUCAUCAAAAAUAAUAUAAUACGCUAUCAACUAAUGUCGAACGACCAAAAUUUUCGACUUAGUUGUCAUGGACUGGUUCAACAUAUUAUGAUGAAUGUACGGAGACUCUUGAAAGUAGGGAGAGCAGGCCCUUUAAAAAUGUUGAAUGCUUGUGAAGUAGGUAACGGAACAGUGAAACUUAAUAAGUGUCAGUGCGACAAUAGUGUAAGUGACGAUUCAGGUGAACUAUUGCAGUGGUGCACAUUAGCUGGGACAUUUCUAUUUGCUACUGCUGCCACUCUAUCUAAAGAACCGGCUAUUAUGGUAGUACCACUCUGCAUAUUUUACGACUUCUUAAAAGACACUCGACAGGGAGAGCCUUACUCAAAGUGUCGAUGGAGGAGCAUAUGUGCGCUCAGCACUGGAGGUUUCGUUCUUCUAUACUGGCGCCUGAGAUUAGCGGGUGCGCCUUCCGCGUUCGCAGCAGCUGACAACCCAGCGUCUCGUGAUCCAUCUAUAUUGACAAGAUUUUAUACUUUUUCAUAUCUACCAGUAUUCAACUUCUUACUCCUAAUAUAUCCUUUUCAACUCAGUUUUGAUUGGUCCAUGGAUUCUAUCCCAAGAAUAACAACACUCUUUGAUAUAAGAAAUAUUUACUCGCUCAUUUUCUAUGCGGUAAUAUCAAAAGUGACUUGGAUAGCGUUAUCCAAUGAAAUGAUAAAACAACAGGAAAGAAAAGAAAAAUAUUUUAAGAAGCAAAACAAUAAAAUAAAACAUAAAUGGAAUUACAACUCUAAGCAAUACAACAGAAGACAAGAUUGCGAAAGAAAAACUAUUAUACCCCAUAAAGAAAAUGCAUCUUUCAAAAGAACAAUAUGUCCAUGUAAUGGAUGUAAGCAUACACUUACAGAGGAACAUACCAAUGUAUGUAGAGCUAUUAACAAUAAUAAUACGGUAAUGCAUCAAUCUACUUGUGUUUGUCCAACAACUGUGGGUAGAUCUAAGAAAGAUAAUUCUCAAAAGAACGUGUACCGUAGUCCUCAAGUCGCAAUGCUAUUAUUCACAGCGUUUAUGAGCCUACCAUUCGUGCCAGCCAGUAAUAUUCUCUUUUACGUCGGUUUCGUUGUUGCGGAACGAGUUCUGUAUAUACCCAGCGUUGGUUUUUGCUUCUUACUUGGAUUAGGGGCAGGCACAUUGACGAAAAAUUGGCGCCGAUAUGAAAUGCGCAGUCGUAUGUUUAUGUCGGCUCUAUUGAUAACGUUAUUAGCAAUGAGUAGUGCGACCAUGCGCAGAAAUCUAGAUUGGCGUGACGAGGAAAGUCUAUUCAGGAGUGCCAUACACAUCAAUCCACCAAAAGCAUAUGGAAACUUGGGCAGCGUAUUGAUCACACAAGGCAGGCUGGCAGAAGCUGAAGUUGCAUUUGAGAAAGCACUUAAUUACCGACCCAACAUGGCGGAUGUUCAUUAUAAUCUGGGAAUUUUACAUCAAAACCAAAGACGAUACGGAGAAGCUAUCAAAAGUUUCGAGAGGGCAAUUUACUUUCGGCCUUCCAUGGCCCUGGCAUACGUUAAUUUGGGGACAUCACUUAUGGCGGAUGGGAGGUUGGCUGAGGCUGCGAGUGCAUUGCGGGCGGGUGCACGAGCUGAUGGCCUGCGUGUUCGAGAUCGACGAGAACAUGAUGCAGCCCGAGUGUCCGCACUAGUACAGCUUGCCUCGCUACAUUCACAACGAGGACACUGGCAUAAAGCUCUCUCAGCGUAUAAGGAUGCCUUGCAAAUAUUGCCUGACUCAAACGCCCCCAUUGUAGGCUGGACUCGACAUAAUGUAUUAUCGAUGGCAAGUAAAGUGCAUAUGCAGUUACAUCAAUGGACUCAAGCUGAACACAGCAUCCUCUCAGCGUUGUCGCUCGCCCCGAAUCAUGUCGCUACUCACCUUGCUCUAGCGCAAAUUGUUUCUAGAAAUGUAAGCAGAAGUAUGGAAGCCGAGGUCUGGUAUAAAAAGGCAGUAACACUUGCUCCGGAUGAUCCUACAGUUAGAGAUCAGUUUGGUAUGUUCCUGAGAUCGCAGCGCCGUUUACUCGAAUCUGCUGAGCAGUUGGUAAAAGCCGCUCGGCUCUCUCCAACUAACAGUGCUCGUGCUACAACGGCGGCUCGUGCCUUAAGAGACGCAAGGCGAUGUCGAUCAGCCGAAAGAUGGUAUGCGAGAGCAGUGGAAUUGAACCCUGAGGAUGCAGAGCAUCAUUCCAAUCUCGGCGCAAUCUUGCAUUUGAAUGGAAAAUAUGUGGCAGCUGCCUCCUCAUAUCGCCGGGCGUUACAAUUGCAACCUAAUGAUCAAAUUACAAUCACGAACCUAAAGAGAGUCAGAAAACUAAUUACCAACCAAAAGAAAAAAUAAAUUAAACGUAGUUAUGGCGUUUUUGCACAACAUAACCUGAUAUUGUCAAUUGCCAAAAUCUAGAUUUAGAUCCAGAUUGUUGAUUUUUUUACGUAUUAAGUGUAGCCACAUUUAAUUGACAAUUAUCGAAUUAUUUUUUACUUAUAUUACGCAAACAGAGACGUUAAAUUUUUUUUCGUUGGAGAAAUAAUCGUCGAACUUAUAUUUGAGCGCCUCGUGAAGUUAUGUAACUUGUUUGACCCAUCUAUUAAAAUUAUUUAAAAAAAAAAAACACGUCGAAUCUCUUGAAAUAUGAACCAAAAAAUUUUGGAAAUCAUAAUUUAAAUAUAUUCUAUAUUCAUGUUCUUUUUCCAUUUAAAAUAAUUGUUUAUAUUGAAAUAACAUUUUGCGGGGUGCUAUGUAACUAAAGAAAUCUACUUUUCGUAUAUUGAUUCAUUUAAUUAAUUUUAUAGUUUAAAAUUUUUUGCAUUACAAGCUCUUAGGAUAUGUUGAUGUAUAUUUUUGAUUAUAUUUAUAAAACAACUUAUUAACAACUCAUUAGUCAUAAAUAAGUUGGAAAUGUUGCAUGACAUCAAAUUGAAGAUACUUGCCAAAUAAAUUGUACCUUAAAUAACAUGCUUUUGAAGCUCGGUUCUGUACGCAAAAUAUAUUUACCCUUUAAAUAUAUGUUCAAAGAUGUUUAACGAAAUAUUUAGAUGUAAUGUUCAAAUUCAAUAAUCCCCGGUAACUAAAAUUUUUAAUGCACAAAGGAAUUUAUAUUUGACGCAUACAUUUUGUCUUUAACUUGUGGUACUAAUUCAACUCCAGGAAGGGUCGAUGAACAACGCUGUAGAUGUAGCUAGUAUUGUAUAUAGAUAUUUUAAAGUGACAAUUUUAUACAAAUACAAAAAUUGUAUUUUAAAGAUAUUUUCCCUAUAAUCUCAAAUACGGGAAAGUGCUUGUUGUUACUUUGUUUCGUCUUCCAUUAUAGUUUUGUAUGGUUCAUUUAUUGAGUGUUGAUAUAAAGGCUGGCGUAUAAUUUUCUUAUACAAUUAAGCACAGAAAAUUGAGGCAAUUUCAGUUGUUAAAUAAGGUAAUAGCUUCUGAACAAAAGUUUUGUUACCAAGAAUAAUUUCAAGCUAGAAAUUUGAAACGACUUACCGUUAUUGUGCAACUAAAAUUGCUACUCCAUUUUAAGCCUAACUUCCUACUUAUUAGUUAACGACCUUUCAAACUUUCGAAAUUGUACAUACUUUUUCUUAUUUAUACAAUAUAUAAGUUUUAUACUAAUUAAAAUUCGUGUUAUCAAGUGAGUCACUAAGUUAUUUGAUAUGUUAUUUUAUUUGAAAUAAAGUCUGAAACAUAUCUAUUUCAAAGUUUAGAUAAAUGAAACAAUGAUUGUUAAUUCGUGUUAAAUUGUAAAUUAAAUUUGUAAAUAAUACGACAAUGACGUUAAUGUCAUACAUAGUUCAUAGUAUUUGAAUCUCUGAUGUACUAUUUUUGUCAUUUUCUUCUUACACCUGUGACAAUAAAUAUAUAUUACGCUUUUAAUAAUAGAAAAAUGCCAAAAAAACCUGCCUGUUUAUUUUCGUUGUCAUUUAUGAAUGCAUUUCUGUUUUUAACAUUAUUGCAUUUGAAAUUAAACAAUUAAAUACAACUAAUAUGAUAAUAUUGAUUUUUACGUAAUAAACAUAAAUUAAGAUCAAUUUUAUUUUCAAACGUCUUAAACGACAGUUAUGUUAAUGUCACAUCGAAAAUGUUGGUGUCAUUAUGAUGAUACGUUUGGAUCGUACAGAAAGUUUUAAUAACACAGACAUUCAAGAAUAUAUCUUGCAAAGCCAUCUGAAACAAUCGAACUUCAAUAAGGAAUGUUACCACGCUGUCGGAAUAACAUCGCCAAAGUGGUCUUUACCAUCAAAUUUAUAUAUUGGAACGGUUAUAAGAAUAUUCACAGUGACAUAACUAAAUUCAAUUAAAACGUGUAUUAUGAUUGUUCCGUAUUUCGCUUUAUUGAUUUAGUUUUUAUCAGUGUAUUGAAAACCGUUAAAAUUUAAAUUAUAUUUUAUGUGCACAUUAAAUGUAACUUCUAGAAAUUACAGGUGAUAUUCUUCAAAAAAAAAAACCCAUACAGUCUUUUUGAACUUUGUAUCAUUUCUAGCACGAAUGACACUUAAAAAUAUAAACGUUAUUUGAUUAUGAAAAAAAAAAAGUUAUCGUUUCUCGUAAACUUUAUUACUAUUGUCUUAAUACUUUAAUGACUCUCCUAUUUUAUAUAAACAUUUAAUCUUAUUUAUAACUAUUAUAAUAAUACCAUACUUCCAGCUAAAUCUGUUUAUUUAAUGAUAAUCUACCAUUUAAUGUAGGCUCACAUUAUAUUUUAAGAUUGAGGAAUUGUAAUCAUUAUUGUUUUUAUACUAGUUAUGUAUAUUCAUGGUGUUAUGCAAGUAAAACUGCAAAUUCCCAAAGUGAUAUUA